UACAACAUCAUGAAGUAUUAAUUAUGAGUCUUGUGCAGCACCAACUUCUGAAAAAUGUAUUUAUUUAUGUUUGCUAAUGUUCGAUUUUUGUUCUUACCUUUUUCAUUUGCGUUAACUUAACCUGAAAUAGUCAUUUAAUUCGAAUCAAAACUGUAAUAUGUUUCAUAUAAAAGCGAAUGUGAAGUGGUCGUUAGAAAAGAAGGUGGUCUCAAACAAAUGGCUGCAUUGUAAUAUAUUUUCUGACAUCUGGCAAAAAGUAUUCCUUUUACAAGCUUUCAAUGACGGUGAUAAUGAGCAGGAAACUGCUUCGUCUUUGUACGGAUCACUUCACUCCAUGAUAAUACUCCUUCCUGUGAAAACAAAUGAGCUCCAAUGCAAACCAAUGGUUUCAUUACUUAGCUAUUCUGCUGAAUAUUGCUUAUGUGUUUGUGUAAGUCAUUUGUUUUUCUCUUUGGGUGUUAAGCCUACCAUGAAGAUAUUUUGCUUGUUAAAGAAAGUCAUGCAAAGUCAUCAUAUCCUUUAUAACCCUGACACUUACAUGUAAGGGAUACCAUCACAGAGAAAACACAGCCAAAGAAAACAGACCAACGACCAUGGAGAGAAUCAUCUUCUUACUUUUUCUUUGUGCAGUUGUUGAGGGAGAUGUAGGAAAACACAUUUUUGUUGAUAAGAGUAAGACAUGGCGAGCUGCUCAGAGCUACUGUAGAAAACAUCACACUGAUCUUUCCUCUGUUAGUAGUCAGUCUGAACUAAACAGGCUCCUGACAGCUGAAGGUGCAAACAGAUCCGCAGGAUGGAUCGGCCUCAAACGAGACCUCAACAACAGCACUGUCUGGAGGUGGUCAGGAGGGACACACAUUACAUACCAAAACUGGACCAAUGGACAACCAGAUAAUUUUGAGAACAAUGAGAGGUAUGGACACGUCCAGUCUAAAGGGACAUGGAAUGAUGAUAAAGAAAGAAACACCAGGCCUUUUUACUGCAUCGAUAUUAACGUAGUGGAGGAGAGGAAGACCUGGGAGGAGGCUCUGGACUACUGCAGAGAUCACCACAAUGACCUCACCAGCCUGCACUCUGACACCGAGUGCCUUCUGGCCAUGAAAGAGAAUCAGAAAGUCAACAUCACUCAUCGGGUGUGGAUCGGCCUGCGUUACCUCCAGGACAGCUGGCUGUGGGUGAACGGUGACCGUCUGGUGUACGAGGCCUGGAAUCAGGGAGGAGAUCAGGACUAUCUGUGUCCAUCACGGAAACGCUGUGGAGCUUUAACCGGAAAGGGACUGUGGGACAACUUCGACUGCCGAACCAAACUCAAAUUCAUCUGCACCUGAGAGAUUCAGAAUAUUACAUCUGGUAAAUUAAAAUGGCAUCUAUCACUGUUACUGAUUUGUAUCACAAGAAAAGUAAUGCUCCAAUUUGAAUUGAAAUGUCUAGGGAAGAAAUUACAUAUUACACUACAGAGAACUGUAAAAUUAAAUCUAAACUCGCAUUUUCAUUUGCUUGUUUUGCUGUGAUGUAUUUAACCUUUCUUACUUUUUUAUUUGGUUGAUGGUACUAGGUGGCCUUGUCUUAUCAUUGAGAUUUGUAUACAUUGUCAGGCUUUUGAUUACAACAUUAAUCCUCUUUUAAGGCAUUAAUAACUAUUAGGAAAAUUAUUGACGGCCAAUAAAUACCUGAAAAUGUGUGAUUACUGGGAUACGCACUAAUGACAGUAAGCAGCAGGCCUGUCAUUUGCAUUCUUAACCACCAUCCCUUAGUUUGAUUUCCAUAUUAUCAACAAUUACUCACUCAACACCUUCUCAGAUGUUAUUACACCUGUGUAAAUCUUGUUUUCAGGUAAAUACUGGAUUUUUGACAUGUAUCAAAACUUGUGUGUAAAUUCAUCAUCCUCUUGAACAUAAAAAAAAUAUGUAAUCGACAUUUAGAUACUUUCAUGACUGUAAGUUACACUUACCCAGAUUUUACAUAUUUUAAUCU